UGUCCCCCGAUGUCCCCCCGUGUCCCCCCGUGUCCCCAGGCUGGUGUCAUCGGUGCAGGCAGUGAUGGCCUCCACAGCCGGGUACAUCAUCUCCAGCUCCUGCCACCACGUCAUCGAUGACCAGCACUGGCUGGCCGCGGCUUACCCGCCCUUCGCGGUGCCGUACUUCGUGUACGACGUGUACGCCAUGUACCUGUGCCACCUGCAGCGUGCCCAGGUGAAGGGACACGGGGACGCUCCCCUGGCCCCGCGCGCCGCCGCCGCCGCCUUCCUGCGCCAGGAGCUGCUGAUGGUGCUGCACCACGCCGCCAUGGUGCUGGUCUGCUUCCCCGUGGCCACCCUGUGGCGGCAGGGCAAGGGCGACUUCUUCCUGGGCUGUCUGCUGAUGGCCGAGCUGAGCACCCCCUUCGUGUGCCUGGGCAAGGUCCUCAUCCUGCUGCGGCGCCAGCACACGGCCCUGCACAAGCUCAACGGGCUGGCGCUGCUGGUGACGUUCCUGGGCUGCCGCGUGCUGCUGUUCCCGUACCUGUACUGGGCCUACGGGCGGCACCGGGGG